CGUGAUAUAUUCUACAAUUACGUCCACCAUGAUCGCAUCAAUGCCUCGCGUCCUCUUCCUCGUCGCUUCGGUCACCACCCUAGCCUUGGCCUUGCCGACCGCGACGGCUGCCGCGCGGAGCCGGCAGAUCCACCUGCGCUUCUACAUGCACGACAUCACCGGCGGCCCGGGCCAGACGGCGGUGCAGCUCGUGAAGGGGCCCGGACCUGCGCACCCGUUCAUGUCGGGCGCCCACUUCGGCGACACGACGGUGAUCGACGACGCGCUGACCGAAGGCCCCAGCGCAGCAUCGCCGGCCGUCGGUCGCGCGCAGGGGUCGUACAUGCUGGCGGGCCUCAAGGACCCCGUGCUGAUCGUGUCCAUGACCGUGGCGCUCACGGGAGGCGCGUACAACGGCAGCACCAUCGCCGUGGUGGGCCGGGAUGACCUCUCCGCAGCGGUCAGGGAGCUCGCGGUCGCCGGCGGCACAGGCGCGUUCCGGAAGGCGAGAGGGCACGUCCUGUGGCGGACGGUCAGGUUGGAGUCGCGCGAUCACAUGGUGCUGGGGCUGGACGUCUACGCCACCGUGCCGGGUGGUGUUGAUAUUCCCAGCGACGGGCAGCGUCCUGCCGUUUUGAAUGGUCAACCGGAUUGCUAUAUCUCAGCCGAGUAA